GAUGUAUUUUCUAUUGGUCCGUGGGCCUACGAAAGGGGUGUGGCCCACGAGCCGCCAGUUGACCAUCCCUGAUUUAGUGGGCCAAAGCUCUCUGUUGAGUAAUAAGGCCAGAGGUUUAUUGUUACGAAACUCUCCUAUCACAGGCCGUAAAAAAGGAAACAUGCUCAGACAUGAGCAUCUGCAGAAGGGCUUCCUUGAGAAAUAAGGGAUUGGAAUGGAUUCAUGUUGAUCUCUGUUGGUGGCUAAAAACUAAAUUCCUUUAUAUGAUCAAAACAGAAUGGGAGUGUCAUGGAGCCAUGUCAGACAUGGGUGGAGUCACAGUGAGAUUAAGUACAGUAAAUUGAGAAGAUCAGUAGUUCCUUCAUUUUCAAAAUACAUUGCAAGACACCAGUGCCUGGACUGCAGCUAAUUCAUUGAAGGACUUGAUUGAAUACAUUAAACUCUGUCAUGAGUUGUAAAUCCUGGGUCACUCAAUUAUGUUUUGUUUCAAUCCUGUUCUUCAAGGGAUCUUAUUCUGUUGAAUUUGAGAUCAAGGUUCCCAGUGAACCCCUGCUUUCCAUCGUGGGGCAGCAUGUGGUACUAGACUGCAGUUUUCCUGUGGGAAAGGUCUGGGACCUGGCCAGCAGUGUGAUCACGUGGCAGAGAGGCCUGGAGGUGAUCCACAGCUUCUACUACGGUCAGGACCAACUGGACCGACAGAGCAGACAUUAUGCCAACAGAACAAGCCUGUACCACUCAGAGAUGAAGAGGGGUAAUGCCUCUCUCAGGCUGGACCAUACCAACCUGGGGGACAAAGGAGACUAUACCUGCUCUGUGAGCACAGUGCUGGGCAGUCAGAAGAUCUUUCCCCUGAAAUUAGCAGCAUACUAUCCAGAGCCACACCUGGACUUCACAGCAUCUCCAAGCGAUGUGGAGCUAGUCUUGACCUCACAGGGAGGGUACCCCCGACCCUCGGUGCAGUGGCUGGAUGACAGCGGUGAUGAUGUCACUAAUAAAACAGUCAUACAUCUUUUAGAGGACACACAUGGACUAUACUCUGUCUUCAGCACACUGACCCUACAGGGACCAGUCAACAAGACCUUCACUUUCAUCCUGAAGAACAAGGACCUGGGACAGGAGAUCAGAAGAGCGAUCACACUUCACUCAGCAAACGAGAGGUCAGUGGAAAAAAGCAGAAUUUCUGAAAACAGAAAAAGAUGGACGAUUCUUGUUCCUGUAGUGACAUUUGUACUGCUGUUGUUUGUGCUAUUAAUAUCAGCACUGAGAAAAACAUGCUGUGGGCCAGAGGAAAAUAUAAAUAAUGGAUGGAAUCUAUGAUUUUUGACAGACUGGGCAGCAUUGCAAACAGAGUAUUUUCCCAAGAAGUUACUGCCAUAUUACUUUAUAGUUUACCAUGUACAUUUGGGUGGUACUUAAGUUCUCAGAUACAGAAAUGUGCCAAUAUUUAGUUGUUUUGUUUAUUUAUCAGAGAGAGCGACAAAAAACAGCUAAUCCAUGAUGCAAUGGAUGCUGUUGAAACAAUGAAAAAUGCCAAGUUCCACUGACUAUAAUGAGCAUUGUAAUGGUGGUUGUACUGGAACUGCUGGUAGAGCAGUAAGUGGCAUUGAGAUCAUGCUUAAAGUCACACAAAAAGGUUCUAUCACAAAAAUAUAUUGAAGUAUCAAAAUCAUGUUAAUUAGAGUUUCUGCCUUAGUGGAUGAACAAUAGAUUUACACUACAUAGGUCAUGAUAUACUGAGAACAAUACAGUAAUUGUAUUACUCACUUUUCAGACUGUCGCCAUGUCAUGUUAAUGGAAUGUAAAAAAAAGAGCACCCAAAGCUUUCUGUACCAGUCAGUUUAUUAGCGCAAUCAAGGUGAGGCAAUGCAGUGGGUGUGAUCUGGAACAUUUUCAACCAAAGCUUAUCAGUCAGUGUGGGAAACAUCAACUUCCUUUAUAGCACUUACAGUGGGGCAAAAAAGUAUUUAGUCAGCCACCAAUUGUGCAAGUUCUCCCACUUACAAAGAUAAGAGAGGCCUGUAAUUUUCAUCAUAGG